CAAAAAGAGCUACACUGAACCGGAGCAGAACGUACACGAUGCCCGAGACUUGUCGCGCUGUUGGUUGUUCCGACAGACGAGAGACAGAUGUUCAAAGAGAUCAUUCCGCGCAACGCCAUCUGAGAAGACCGGAAAAGAUGGAUGGAUUUUGGCAAUUAAACCGGGCCAGGCAAAAGAGCGGGAGAAAAGGUUGAUGGCUGUGGUGAGGACGGUGGCUGUUAGAGAGGAGGAUGCACCAGAUAGGCGAAGGUGGAAAAAGAUGACACGCUGUGACGACAGACAAAGAAGGAUGGUGCGUGCCCAACCAAAUACGCACGGCUGUGUAGUAGCCAUCGCUUCACUUCAGGUAACUAUGCAAACUUUGGAGAAUAAAGGUGCUGAGGUUUAUACCAAUGGAAGUGCCACAUACAUGAACGGCACUGAGCUGACCAAAAUGAAAGAGGUCAUGUUUGAAAAAAAUCCCUCAGAACCAAUGGGGGUCACACUAAAGAUGAAUGACAAGCAGAGGUGCACGGUGGCCAGAAUAUUGCACGGGGGAUUUAUACACAGACAAGGCUCCUUGCAUGAAGGUGACGAGAUAGCAGAAAUCAAUGGGAAAAGUGUGACUAACCAGACGGUCGAUCAGCUACAAAAGAUUUUGAAAGAAACCAAUGGAAUAGUCACAAUGAAGAUUGUUUCCAACCAGAAGAGCCGACCCAAAGCCUGUGAGACGUACAUGAGGGCGCAGUUUAACUACGACCCCGCCACAGAUGAGCUCAUCCCGUGCAAAGAAGCCGGUCUACGUUUUCAAACUGGUGACAUCAUUCAAAUCAUCAACAAGCAGGACCCCAACUGGUGGCAAGGCACAGUCGAGAGCAGUGCGGCACACUUCGCUGGACUAAUACCGUCGCCCGAGCUCCAAGAAUGGAGGGUGGCAAGCAAGAGCAAGUCCAAAGACGGCACCCAGUCAUGGAGUCCGUUUGGAAAGAAAAAGAAGUGCAAAGACAAGUAUUUGGCUAAGCACAGCUCCAUUUUUGACCAGCUGGAUGUGAUUUCUUACGAGGAGGUUGUCCGGCUGCCCGCUUUCAACAGGAAAACUUUGGUCCUCAUUGGCGCACCAGGUGUAGGGAGGAGUCACAUCAAAAAUUCAUUGCUGACUAAAUAUCCUGAAAAAUUUUCUUACCCUUUACCACACACCACCAGAUCCCAACGCAAAGACGAGGAGAACGGCCAAGAGUAUUAUUUCAUCUCCAACGACUCCAUGACCAAGUGCAUCUCUGAAAAUGAGCUGCUGGAGUACGGCAGCUUCCAGGGAAAUAUGUUUGGAACCAAAAUUGAAACCAUCCAAAAGAUCCACGAGCAGGGAAAAAUUGCACUGCUGGAUGUCGAACCACAGACGUUGAAGGUCUUGCGGACCGCAGAUUUUGCUCCUCUCGUGGUGUUCAUCGCACCCACCAACACAGCGCCUCAGACGGAAAACCUGACGAUGAUCCAGAAGGAGUCGGACGCAAUCCUGAUGGCCUACAGACACUUCUUUGAUUUGAUUCUAGUCAACAAUGACGUGGAUGAGAGUGUGAAAGGCGUGGAAGAGGCCUUGGAGCAGGUCUCCUCCACUCCACAGUGGGUGCCAGUCUCGUGGGUCUACUGAUUGGCAUCAGACAUCAGCGUGAUAUCUUAUUUGUUUUAUUUUUAAAGCAGUGCAAUAUCGCUCCUUACACAAAACCUUUAAUACCUAACCCAAAUCCGAAUGGUUCUCUUUUAGGUGACUGUUCAUUGUCUGAAUUUUUGUCUUUUUUUUUUUUUUUUUUGCAUCUGUGCAUUUAAAAACAGUAAUAUGUAGGAAAGCUGAGAACCUUACCAGUGAUGUCUUAUUUCAUCAUGUAGUCAUUUGUGAUUGAACAUUUUGAUGGGUCUUUUGGUGCCAACAAACCUUGUGCUUGUUGUGUCGUGGGUAAAUGCAAAAAAAAAAAAAAAAACCCACAACUGUGGGAGAAAACAAAUCCUCCCUUUUUAAUCACUGGAUUGUAUUAUUAGUCGCAACAUCACUCUUAUGUUGUUGUUCUUCAGUUAUUAGAAGAUGACUUGAAAAUGUUUCUCACCACACAUGUUACUUUCUACAAAACACCAAUGCAGUUAGUCGGCGAUCGUGCCAGUUGGCAUAACUGGAUGCCUCCUGAGCAGUUUAGAGGCACUUUUGCAAAUAUUAAAUUUCUCAGCUCUGUUGCGACUGCUUCUUUGACUCUCAUUAAUUUGAAAAUAGUGACCAGGAACCUUCAGGACACCAACUGUUAUACAUCCGA